AUGACUGAAAAGUCCAUUGUCCGACUACGGUCCAAUACUGGUGUUUCCAAGUCCACAAUUGACGAACAUUACAUUGAAAAGGAUGAGGGCGAAUUCUAUACGAAAGAGCAGGCUGAAACCGGCUUCCAGUGGUCCGAGGUCGUCUGGUACAAUGUGAUCGUGUUAGUUUUGUGGCACGUUGGUGCCCUGUACUCACUGCUGUUCGUCAUACCACACUGCUCACUCAAGCAACUACUGGUGCUUUGGAUUGCGCUCUGGGUCGUGACUGGCCUCGGCAUCACGGCUGGGGCACACCGUCUCUGGUCACAUCGCAGCUACAAGGCCAAGCUACCGCUACGCGUGUUCCUCAUGCUUUGUAACUCUAUGGCAUUUGAAGGCACGAUUUUUGAGUGGUCACGUGACCACCGCGUGCAUCACAAAGGCUCAGACACGACAGCAGAUCCGCACAAUUCGAAGCGUGGCCUCUUCUUCUCGCACAUGGGUUGGGUCAUGGUACGCAAACACAAGAACGUGCACCUAGCCGGUAAGAAGCUCGACUUUUCCGAUCUUCUGGCUGACCCUGUCGUCACCUUCCAGAUCCGACAUUAUUUAAAGAUGGUGCUGCUCAUGUGCUACUUGGUGCCUACGGUCAUAGGCUACUACCUUGGCAGCCCCUGGGCAGGAUUCUGGGUAGGCGGUGUUUUCCGUCACGUCUGGGUACUGCAUAUGACGUGGACGGUCAACAGUGUGACGCACUUCUUCGGCUACAAACCUUACGACCGCAACAUCCAUGCUGUCGAAAACCUCCUCGUUGCGCUCGGUGCACUUGGCGAAGGUUACCACAAUUACCACCACAAGUACCCGUCGGACUACGCGACGAGCGAGUGGGGCAUCCUGAGUGGACAGUUCAACCCGACUAAAGCGUUCAUCGACUUUUGCGCUCUAAUCGGCCAGGCCUACGAUCUCAAGCGCAGCCGCACAGCCGCGAGAACCCGAGAGAACGUGACCAAGCAGGUGCGCGAAGAGCAUCUGAAAAGCGCAACGAAUUUGGCUAUAUCGUGGUGGGACCGUCAACUGAGCCAUCUUUUUUUUGGCAAGACCGAGGCCCAGAUCUUUUAG